GUCUCGAGGGUCUCGAGUCUCGAGUGCCAGCGCUAACGAAUGCACGGCUAACACAUGCUCAACCAGCUCACGUGUUCGGCGUUCGGCGCUCACAGCUCGCACCGGCACGCGGGCACGCGUCUGAUGACAGUGGUCAAGUGGUGACAGGUCUGGCUCUGGCUCUGGCCUCGCCGUGGCCGCUGGCCGCUGCGCGCUGACCGGAAGAAAGAAUCAAGGAACAAGAGGGAAAUUCGUUUAAUUUGCAUACAUAUCCAUAAUCCAUUUGUAUUUGGCUUAUCCGUCGCGAGGUCGAGAGAACAACGUGACGCGCGUCUUCUCAUCUCGGCUGCUUACACGUAGAUGUAAGACGAACGAAUAAACAACUCGCCGAUACACAGGCACAGGUUAUCUGUCACUGUUGUCGCGGAAGAGGAAACUUUUCUCGUUGCGACCGAGCGACGACGACGACGACGACGGACGACGGACGACGACAUCCACUCGUUGUAAGCUUGCAAGAGAUAUGAUUGCAAGAAAAAGGAAGAAUAUAAGCGCGGAGUCCGCGGAGAAGGCUGGCCGGGCGGGAGGGGCCGAUAAGAGAAAUCGACGUGGGCGUGCUACGUGGAAUCGUGAAAGUGAAGGUAGCAAAGGUAUGCUGCCGCUGCCACUACUACCUGCGGCAGAGGCCGAUCGAACCGGAUGAAUACCUGUUGCCUGUUGCUCCUUCCUUUCUUCCUUUCCUCCCUCGCUCGCUCGCUCGCUCGCGUUGGCGUUCGCGUUCGCGUCUCUUGACGUGACGUGACGUGGGCAGCCGUAUCGAGAAAUUUACCGAGAGCAACGCGCGACGAUAAACACGACGCGCGAUAAGGGGAUAUAUAUAUCGUGUUGGCAAGUGUCAAACGCUGCGUGUUAACAAGCGUGUUGACACUGAUGGAGCGCCUGAGAGAGAAGCUGAGCGAAUACGACCAGGAACAUCUGCUCCGAUUUUGGGAGGAGCUGGUGGACGAGGAUAGGUACCAUCUGGCGAAUGAUAUAGAUGAGCUUGACCUGCAGGAAAUUACCGGAUAUUUCAAGAGGGCUGUGGAAUCCUCCCAGCGCAUCGGCCAGAGUACGCUGGAUGCCAAGUUACAGCCGAUCGAUGGGACCAAGCGUGCCUCUGCCAAGACGUCCACCGAGAAAGAGUUGGACAUGUACGAGGAACGUGGCUUGAAAGAAGUAGCCGAAGGUCGCGUCGCUGUUGUACUGUUGGCAGGUGGUCAAGGCACGCGUCUAGGAGUCACCUAUCCUAAGGGAAUGUACGACGUUGCGUUGCCGUCCCAUAAAACUCUUUUCCAACUGCAGGCAGAAAGAAUACUCUCUCUGCAAAAUAUGGCGCAGCAACGGUAUGGAAAACAUGGAGAAAUAACUUGGUAUAUCCUUACUAGCGAAGCCACUCAUGACGCCACUGUUGAAUAUCUAAGCAAACGCAACUAUUUUGGUUUAAAAGAGAAAAAUGUCAAAGCCUUCAAACAGGGUAUGCUACCGUGUUUCACCUUUGACGGAAAGAUUAUUUUGGACGCGAAGCAUCGUCUUUCCAAGGCUCCCGAUGGUAACGGAGGAUUGUAUCGCGCUUUGAAAAAUCAAGGAAUAUUGGACGAUAUGUUACAACGCGGUAUUCGGAGUAUUCACGCACAUUCCGUGGACAACAUCUUGGUGAAAGUAGCGGAUCCUAUAUUCAUAGGAUACUGCUUGCUGUCUGAGACCGACUGCGGAGUUAAAGUUAUCGACAAGUCUUCUCCCUCCGAAGCUGUUGGCGUAGUUUGCAAGGUGGAAAAUCACUAUCAAGUGGUUGAAUAUAGCGAAAUGACGAAAGAGACUGCGGAGCUUCGACAUGCCGAUGGACAACUGGUAUACAAUGCUGCUAAUAUAUGCAAUCACUACUUCACGAUCGAUUUUUUAAAAGAUGUCGGAUAUCUUUACGAGAAAGAUUUGCCUCUGCACGUGGCAAAAAAGAAAAUUCCAUACGUUAAUGACGAUGGAAUAAGAAUCAUUCCAAACGUUCCUAACGGCAUCAAGAUAGAGAAAUUUGUGUUUGACGUGUUUCCCUUCGCAAAGAAUUUCGCAGUAUGGCAGGGAACGCGUGAGGAGGAAUUUAGCCCGCUGAAAAAUUCAAGUUCCGCUGGUCAAGAUUGCCCGAGCACCGCCCGCACCGAUUUGCUCACGUUACAUAAAAAGUGGUUGCUGGAAGCAGGUGCGAGAGACGUCGGAGACAAUGUCGAGAUCUCUCCUUUGCUUUCGUACGCGGGAGAAAAUUUGUGUCAAAUCGUUAACGAUCGAUCUUUCAUGGAACCACAAGUUCUCGAGUAAGAAAAAUAUAAACUCUCCAUCAAUCUAUACUAUGUAGAUAACGAGAUGUCCCCCAGCAAGUGACCGUUACGUUUCUGAACCGCGCUUAUAAUAACUACUUAAUAACCAUAUUAUUUGUAUACUAUCCGGUUUUUGGUAUAUAUUAUAAUAUUCGUGGUUACUUUUUUAACUCCAUGGCUGGCUGAAACAAAAAGAAAGAAGAAAAGGGAAACAACAUGUAAACAAAGACUGUAUACAGUGUCGACACGUAUGCAUAGAAUUUGGCUGUAUAAAUUCAAAUGUACGUCGGCUAUAAUCUGGCAAUAUUAUUAUUUAGUCCAUAAGUAUUGCGACUGUCACAUUUUUAUAUAUUAUUACUGUUAUAGUAUUUUGUAUAUCGUAUGAAAUAAAAGUAAUGAAUAUA